AAGUCAAAUCGCCAAUGUAAAAGACGACUUAUCUUAGCUGCGCUCAAAAUAUUGUUUGCCUACACCCAAUUAAUGAGCGAGUCUUCUCUUUUUUAUGACUUGUCAGGUCGUCGUCUUGUUUACAGUUUAAAGGUUAUUGCAGAGAUGAAGUUCUAAACAUCAUAACGUCUAUAAGCAAACAUAUUGUAGGAUGUGUUCGCUGCCGAUUCUGACUGCUGUGAGAGUUUUGUACAUUGUGUAAAUCACUGUCCUUUGGAUUUUUAUGUGCUACGCCAUAAUACUGUAAAUAUGUACCAUGUUUGCCCUCUCUUGGUGUAAGGGAGACCAUUUAAUGGGUUUGUAAGCCAGUUAUAUUUGAUACAUCGUCAUCCACAGAGAAUACAGACAGUCUCAACACAGUAGAAUUUUUGGCCUCUUGUUAUUCAGAUUGAAGGGAUCGACUUUAUUAUGUGCACUUCCUCAAAAGACACUGCCGCGUAGUGAAUACCUUUAACGCUGUACACGUGGUUCCAUGAGAGGUGAGGACUGCUGGUGGUGCCAAGCGAUGUUCAACGCCCCGUCUCUUCUGUUUAAGGACAGAUUUAUCGACAUUUUCUUACGUCAUUCUCUUUGAUGCGUUAGUUUGGUGACAUCUCUAUUUUUAGACCGAUAUGGGUUAUCACUGUUAUAGUUAAGGAAUUGAAGUACAAUGGUUAUGCAGAAAACGAGCGGAAGCCAGUUGUUUGUUAACAAGAAUCACUAACGACCAUAAAAACUGCAUACUGAUUGAGAAGUGUGCAUAUUGACAAGAGAAUUCCGCUACAAUUUGUUUUAAAAUAAGAUAAUUCACAGUAGUAAAUGAUAAAGUACCAUUAGUCAACAUUCAAAACUGAUCAUUUCGAAGUCAGAGCUGGAGAUAUGAUCAUCAACAUAUUUCAUCGAAAGUGCUGUCUUUUCUUGAGUGGGCAAAAUGAAGAAAAAUGAUUUUUAAGCGAUGUUCUAGCAACCAUAUUUGCAUUUAAAGCUGCCUUGAUGUUCUAGUGAUUUUAAAUGGAAUAAAAGCUCGUUAAACUUCCUACCAGGAGACAAUGGAAGACACCCUCUGAUUUUUGACGUUUACGGAACAGACCUUUAAAAUUUUAACUGUCAACAAACAAUUCUUAGGUUUCAUCUAAUGAAUUCUACAGGAAAUUAAGAGGGUUUAUAAGCUACGCCUCCGUAUCAAGCGUUGAAAUGCUGAAUUUUAAUUCCAAUUUUAAUUUGCAAUUUCAUCAACGAUAGGGAUCAGGAAUAAUCAAGCAUUGAUACGUUUUAGUCUGAAGUGCACGGUGAUUGAACUCGUGAGCGUUUAGUAUGGAUGGAUGUAGAACACUCCGAACCAACAUACCAAGGAUAGAAACCGUUUUACAGCGAAGAAAAUAUUAGAAUAAUAUUGUUAUAAAAAUGGGAGAGACAACUCCAACUAAAACUGCCUUGAGGUCCCUGAAAGCUCUCAAAUUAGCCGCGGUCUUCAGAGCUGCGUCCAUUGCUGCCAGUGCAGGAGGGGCAGAUUCCAAAAGGCCCCGAGCAUUGAUAUGGCCUGAGUGGAAUGAAAAAGAUGUCAAUGAUGAAAAAUGGGAUGUUGUACAAAAAGCUAAAAAAGAAGACAAAGGAAAAUCUCCAGUGGCACAGCAGCAUUAUUUUGAUGACCCGGAGGGAAAAAUAGAGUUGCCUUCCUCACUGAAGGUGGAAACAUGGCGUCGUCCAAAUGAGUUCAUCACAGAAAAGACCCCAGUGAUUGUGGACCCAGAUGGAAUGGCUGGGUUUGAUUUACUCUCCUCCAAUGAACACAUUCACCACAGUGAGUUGAUGAGGUACAUCAUCAGUCAGGUUGUUGCAUUGUGGGAAAACACAACAGAGAAGAAUGUACCUCCAGAGCAGGCUGAGCCAAACCAGCCCUAUGAGGAGAUGAUUCACAGCUGGCGGCCAUGGGAACACAUCUACGCUCUGAUGAAAGUCCAGAAGCCACCAUUUGUCACACCAUACAAUGCCUAUGGGAAAUAUGUAGUAAAACUCUACUGGAUGGGCUGUUGGAGAAAGCUGAUUGUGGAUGAUGCCAUGCCUUUUGAUGAGAAUGACAAACUUCUAUUACCUGCCACCUCCAUGCAACAUGAGUUAUGGCCCAUGCUACUGACGAAGGCUUUGAUCAAAGUGGCCUCUUUAGAUUAUACAGGUGGCAGUCAGAGCAGUGAGUUUGGAGACUGCAGCAUCAUCCAGUGCUUGACAGGAUGGAUUCCUGAGGCCAUUCCUCUCCAGGGCCUUAUGUCGUCCACUUCGCCCAUUCCUCCUGGCCCAGCUUCUGGGUCAGGCCGGGCUUCUCCAUUAGUGACCGCUAGCCAGGUGCUUGAUAAAUAUAUCCAGCUAAGUUCUCAGCCAAAGAGUGUCGAUACAGCGGCCAUGCCACACGGCAAGGCGCAUAAGGUGAAGUCCAGAGUGCACAAGGAAUUCAGACAUGGACACAUUGCUGAGGUGUGGGAUUUAUUGAAAUCCUCCCUCCCCGAGUGGAAGCUGCCCCUCCAAGAGUGGGAGAAACAACUGCUGGCUGAGCAACAGGAGCAGGAGAAAAAGGAGCUGGACAGUGCCACGCCUCAUGAUAUGACAAAAGAUAAUUUGUCUGAAAAAGAUGGGGCGAAGGGGGAGAAAGCUGAGAAAGCUGACCCCAAGGCCAAGGAUGGGAAAGACAAGGGCAAAGAUGCAAAGGAUAAAGGUGGAAAAGACAAAGAUAAGAAAGGUGGAGAUAAAGACAAAGGGGCUAAAGGAGCUGAAAAGGAGAAAACAAUGGAUGAUAUUCCUGUACCUGAUAACCCGGAGGUGGUGGUGUUUGCCACAUACUGGAGUACCCCCAAAUACCCAGUAAAGGUAUCGGUGUUGGGAGAGAUGGCAGAUGCCAGUGAGAAGCUGAGACAGAAUGGUCUCUCCCAUAUCUACCCCCACCCUGUGUGUAUCACUCAGACUCGAUCCUGUCCCUUGGAGCCACCCCCACCCCCAGAAAAAAUUCCUGCCUGGAAACUGAUCCGACCAAAGAAAAAGAAGCUGGCUCCGUCGGAUGAACCAGUUUCUACUCCUGAACCUCCAAAGCCAAUUCAAUGUUUGGAAGUCACAUCGCCUUUCUUGAACUACAAAGUCAGUCCUGUUCCAAUUCCAACAGACACAACUCGUCCAAGAUCUUCCUUGUCAAGGGGAGGUACUCGCUCACGUCCAGCAACUGGUAACAUCAACCAGAUUGAAGAAACUGAUGAAAAUGCACCAGAGCCAGAACCGAAAAAGCCUGAACCAGAAAAAGAGGAACCACCAAAAAUGGAGGAGCCCCCUCAAAUUGUCGAACCAGAGGUCAAACCAUCCACCCCCAGUAAGGAGAAACGAAAGUCUCCCACUAAAACCAAGGAGGGGAACAGGGAGGCCUCUCCGAAAGGUAAAAGAGCGAGUUCUGCUAAGGGAGAGAAGCCAAAAUCUGCUGGUCGACCAGAUUCUAAAGGCAAGAAAGAGGAGGAGAAACCAGCCAAAGUCGAAUCCGUCAGUGGAGAAUACGAAACUUCACCACCAGCCACUCCCCCUGCUGCAGCCCAGCCCCCACCACCCAGUGAUGGUGGAGGAUUUGCUCCACCUCCACCCACUGACCCUGAUGCGGUGCCACUAGAAGGGGGAGAGGAAGGUGCUGAGAAACCACCUGAGCCCCAAGAGGAGCAGGUCAUCAAUGAAGAAGCGGCCAAGGCCAAGAAAGUGUGGAUGGACUUUGACAUGUUCUGUAAAUGCUUCAAGACGUUGUACAUUUAUCACAAGCCCCAUACAUACAAGUACAACCACAAACAUGCAGAUCUCAAGAAGCUGGAGAAAAUUUACAAUAUCCAGAGUGUCACACAGGCGGCUGCCCCGGUAGGCAAGGGGGACAAAAAAGGAGGCCAGGGAAAUGUUGGCGCGGUAAAUACCUCCAAGACCGCUCAAAACCCACCCGCGCACUCUGCACACUCCCUCUGUAGUGGUGGGGGAACCAUUGCCGAUGAAAGAGCACCUCAUUAUCUGUUUGUGGACAAUCUGAAACCCACAGAAAUAGUUGUUUGCUUCUCAGCACUGUCCCGCUGGCAUGAUCCCCCUCCCCAGGGGAUCGAGGAGGCCAAAUCUCACGUAAAUCUGAAAGGGAAGAAGGGAGAGCAGGAAAAAGAACUGACCACGGUUACCAGCAGCAGUGUGAUGGAGGAGGAACCACCUGAUAUUAAGGUGGAUCAAGACCACAGUAUGGAAGGUUCUAUAGUUGGUGAAUCUAAGCUUCCCCCAGUUGUGACACCAGGUACUCUGGUUGCUGAACCGUACUCCUGGAAGAGUCUGGUGACAGGACAACCGAUCCUAAGGAUUAGGUCCACGGCCACCAAGGCUGCUGUUCUCAAUCUACCUGCUGGGCGCCAUGUUCUGAGGUUCAUGAUGUCCGGGCCGCUAGGUUACAGUGUCCACUUAGUGUCCACUGUUCCCUUUGUGUUUGGUAAUGAGGAGGAAGUCAUGCCCGAACUCACAAAGGAGAGUUGUAGAUUUGUGGACAAUGCCCUUCAAGUCAUCAACAGCAUCGGAAAGUGUAUCAACACCUUUACGGACACCGAGUCCUUCAAGAAGAACUGGGAGGAGUUAGUCCAUUAUCACUGCCCCUACAGAAACGACAAGCUCAUGUCUAAACAGCACCACUUUGAGGUGUUUAACGAUGCCUUGUACAACAUGCUACGUAAAUGUCUCAGUGAUGUGGCCACUCCAGAUAUAGCUUUUGCAUGGAGAUGUUUUACAUUUGAUUCUACAACUAAAAAUAUCCUGGGACUUCCUACCAGUAGUCGACCAGGCACUGCCACAACUAGUCACAGAGGAUCCGCUAAGCCCCCGGGCGGCGGGAAGGACAAGGAGAAAGAAAAAGACAAGGGGAAACAACAGCAACAACAGCAGACCCAGCAUGAUGGUGAAACAGAGAAAGUAGAAAAUCCUUGGGCAAACAGGGAACCCACUCCAUUUGAACAUACUUCAGCUGUGAAAAUUCAGAAGAACUGGAAGGCAUUUUAUGUCAGAAAGAUCACACAAGCCAGAGUGCAAGGAUCUGAAGAAAACACAAAGGUAGCAGAAAACCUGCAGAAGUGCUGGAACAUUAUAGACCCAAAUGCUGAACAAAAUGGUCUUUUCUUGUUUAGGUUUAUGUUUAAGAAUGACCCAGACAUUAUGGUAAAGUACCCAUUCUACCAGGAUGAAUGGAAUAAAAUUUCCUAUGCAGAUUACAGUGGUACCUAUACAGAUCAGCCCCCCAACAAUUGGUUCCUAGUCUUCAGAGAGAUUUUCUAUGUGAAUGAGGAGAUGUUAGCUGUGCCUAAGUUAUAUGUACCAGUCAACACAUGUCUACUGAGGGUUGUCAAUAACGACAACGGAGAGGAGAUCCCUCGUGUUUUCCAGAAAGUUGCCCCCUAUGUCUACAAGAAAAACAAGAAAGGUUAUAGCUUUGUUGCUGAGGCUAGGACAACAGAUCAGGGUAUCCCAAGCAACAAGUGGAGGAUGCGUUUGAUUGGUUCUUUAAGCCCUCUCCCGGCACCAGCUAAACCAGACACUGUCAACUCCAGCUUUGUGGUCAAACACAUCACAGACUACUAUGUGCCAAAUUCCAAAGAUGUCAUUUUCAGGUAUACGGUGAAAGUGACCGAGGAUCACCUGGCUACAGUCCAGAUCAACACGUCCAAACUUGAUGUCUACAUCAAGCUGGUCAUUUUGGACAAUGAAACUGAGGUUGCCACCACACAGGGCAAAGGUCACGCCGUCAUUCCAUCUUUCAUCUUCCUGAAAGACUUUGACCCAAAUGAGGAGAAGCGACCUAGUUCUAGAGCUUCUGUGAAAGAAACCAAGGGUAAGGGAGGAAGUAAAGAGAGUGUUGGAAAGAAACGCUCUGGAUCAGGGAAGAGUCCUGAAGGCAGAACCUCGAGACCAGGAAGCCGACACUCAGAUGCCAGUGAAGUCGAUCUGGAAGAAAAGGACUACAAGCCUCAUAAGUACAUUAUCCAAGCUAUGGUGCUGAAGAACAGUUGGCCAUUGUCAGAAUCUAGCUGGGCAUUUGUGCAAAUGCUGAAGGAUCUAGAGAAGAAUGAACUCAAAGUUGCCAACAAGGAAAGGCCACCUUCUCCUCCUAAACAAGAGAAGACUGCUGCCAGUACCAGUAGUAAGGACAAGGGUAAAGGUGGGGCUAAGGGCAAGGAUAAGGGUAAAGAUAAAGACCAGAAGGGAUCCAGACCAUCCUCACAACAGUUUGAUCACAGUAAACCCCACUGGAACCUCCGAAUCGCAAGUGAUGCUAGUGGAGCUGAUGAUAUUGAAGUUAAGAAGGACACGGAGAGAGCUGACGAGAUAAGAGCCCUCAAACGGGCAUGGGAAAAUGCAGAGGAGGGACGAGCAGUCAAGGCUAUGCAGUCAAGGUUGAAGUAUCUGAAUAUGCAUACCAUCAAGCAAGAUUAUGACAAAGAGGAAACGGAGGGAGGUGAGGAGAAACCGCUGGAUCAGGAGGAAGUCCCACCACAAACACCACUGUCACUCCAUGGGGACCAGGGAGACGAGAAUCUGACUUUGGAACCACCUCCUGCCCCCACCCCUACAGAGAUGUUACAACAAAUGGAUUUCUCUCCCUUCCUGAAAAAGCCAGAACGUGAACCUCGUUACCUUGAUGAUGAAGAGAUUCGUCGGCGUGAGGAGGAACAGAAACGUCAGGUGGAGGAAUACAAAGCAUUCAGGGACCAAGUCAAAGCCUGGCGGGAACAGGAUAAACAGAAACGCAACGUGACCAAGAUCAGACAGCUGGAAGAGUGCGAGGAGCUACAGGCUAUGCUGGAUGCUGCUCGGGAGUCAGUUAAUGCCCCUCGGGAGGCUAUUCGUCAAAAAUAUCUCGAGGCAGAACGCAAAAAGCAGGAGGAACUCGAGGCAAAAGAGGCUGCUUCAUUGUCUGACCAAACCUCCAAAUCUCCAAAGGGAAGGAAAAGUGCAAAGGGGAAGAAAAGUCCUGCAAAUGGGAAAAAGAAGGGGAAGUAACUCUUUUAGUAUUAUGAAGACUUGGUUCAAAGAAUCUGUGAUAUCAUGUAUUGUAAAUAGGCAAUGUCAUACAUAUCUCAUUUGUUGUUUAUGAUUAUGAAUGCUGAUUGUUUUAUGAAACUCUGUGGUCUUAUGAAGACUUUAUUUUAUAUGAAGCAUUUAAAUAUAGUGCUACAGAAUUUGAGAGACUUUGAUGUAUUUAAGAUUUGAGAAUGUGAAAUUUAUGAUCCAUUUUUAUGUACAUUUUGGAUUUAUGCACUGUUAAUGUCUGCAUAAUCUCAUCAAAGUAUCAAAACUACGCUGUAUUUUCAAAGAAAAAUAUUUGAUAUAUUUGCGCAAAUUUGAUUCCACUGAAGAAAAUUUUCAAUAGAGAUUUUAAUCUUGCAAUGAUGUUAACAGUGUGCCAUGAGAACAGUCAUUCCGUCCUACCACUGGUUCUUGCCGAUCAUAAGUGGCCCUUGUGAGCUCCGUCCUCUAAUGAUCAGUGUUGUUUGUGAUAUUGUAAGUCCAGUGGUUCUCUCUAGUCCAUAUCACAUGAGUGGUCCAACCAAUCAAAACAUUUCUUGUAAGAAGGUCAAAGGAAACCCUCAUUCUGCAAGAUGUAGUUACAUUUGGCAAUGGUUCACAUAUAUUAUAUUUUGUUUUGUAAAAACUCUCUGAAAGUUGAGAAUUAAUUCUGAAAUUGAAAAUGCAGAGGAAAUUACUGAUUACGCAAAUGAAAUAUAGUUUGAUUGGUUGGGCCGCCUGCUUUUAACAUAUCAACUACUAUUCUAUAUUAUGCAUAAUCUAUUUUCUUAUCCUUCUUGGUCUGCUCUCGGACUUUUGUCCUCUGUAUUUGUAGUCCCACAUAUCAACAAUAUUUGUUGUUUGUGUAUUUUUUACAUGUAUAGCAUAAAUGUGCAUCAUAAAUGUCAUAUUUAUUGUAUGGAAUAACAUGGAUAUUUUGUAUAUUGAAUAAAAUGAAUUUUGAUAUU